UUGGGCGAGUACAGGCUCUGGAUGCCCUUGCUGCUGGGCCACACAGAUAGCACUGAGGCUACGAGGGGCCCUGGCUGCCGCGCUGGCUUGGGGUCUCCUGGCAGGAGAGCAGGACUGGCCUGGUGCAGGAGCGUGUCCAUAGCUUGGGCAGGCAUUGGGCCCCACUGAGGGCAGGAAAGGGUGGGGGGAAGGAAUCUCAGACAAAGAGUCCAGGGCCUUUGUCCCAGGCAACCUCUGGGCAGCCCCCUCACCCACCAGGAUCGUCAGCCUGGCAGCAGCCAGAGAGGAGCAGCGGCCAACCAGCUCCACUACCUCCCGCUAAGAGCCCCCGACCCCUGUGCGUUCCGACGCGGGCCCAUCAGGCCGGGGAAGGGGCGUUUCUGGCCCCGCGGCUCCUCUGGGCGCAGGCCGGGCUCGCGGGGUCCCAGGCCGGCGCCCCCUCCCUAGGCGGGAGGCUCAUCAGACUGGGAGGCUUCUGCGGAAGUCAGUUGUGGAUCGUGGCCAGGCACCUGCCCCUCGCGCCGCCUGCGACUGCGGUCUGGGACGCGCUUCCGUGUUGUUUUCGGGCUUGGGGCGUGCGUGGACCCGAGUUCUGUCCGCCCCUCAGCUACCCGGAGCCCCGCCCACACCUGGGCGCCUCCGGGGGCGGGGCGGGAGGGGAGCCAAUGGGGAGGGCCAGGGGCGAGGCUCAGAGUAGGUGGCUAAUGGGCGUCGGCACGGGGCGGGCAGUGCGCGCCGAAGAGCCAAUGGAAGUGUGCGGGGCGGGGCGCGCCGGCCGUGGGCCAAUGGGGUGGCGGGCCGGGGCGCUCCCGCGGCGCUGUAGGCGGCAGGUUGCGGCGGCGCCCGGCGCCUGGCAGCGGCCAGUUCGCGUCCGGAUUCCGGAGGCAGGCGAGCGUCCAGGUGAGCCGCGCCGGGCCCCGGAGCUUCCAGAGCGCAGGGCGCGGCCCCGGACGGGGACUCCGACGGAGGGGCGCAAGCCGGGCCGGCGUGGGGGCCGCGCCGCACCUGCACCCGCCCCGGGCGGGGACAGCGGCCUCGCGGCGAUCGCGGGGACGGGCGGGAGUGGGGAGGCGCCGCCCGUGCCGGGUGCGGUGGGUCCGGAGGGCCGAGGUCUGCGCGCGGACGCCCCGCGGGAGGGGCUGUACCCUCCGAGCCAGGUGGCUGGGUCUGGUUAAUGAUUUGCCUUGUUCCGGGAGUGGGGCGGGGCGAGAGCAGGCUGGGAAGUGGGGAAGCCUCCGAGAGCUGCGGGAGGGCACACUGGUUCCCGCUUUGGGGGGCACUGGUCUUUGCUACCCCACCCCCAGGAAUGCGCGGCCUGCAGGUGGGGCUGGGCAGCAGACGCUGAGGGGCAGCAGUCCUGAGCCAGUUCAGGGGGUGAGGGGCAGGCCUCAAGGAGGAAGAGCGGGGCCAGGCUGUGUUGGGGCCAGGCAGGGCCUGACCCUGUGGCCUUCACCCUCCCUGCAGGACAGGGAUGCUCUCAGGGCUGGCGGCCAUGGAGCUGAAGGUGUGGGUGGAUGGCAUCCAGCGUGUGGUCUGUGGGGUUUCAGAGCAGACCACCUGUCAGGAAGUGGUCAUCGCACUGGCCCAAGCGAUAGGCCAGACAGGCCGCUUUGUGCUUGUGCAGCGUCUCAGAGAGAAGGAACGGCAGCUGCUACCCCAGGAGUGUCCAGUGGGUGCCCAGGCGACCUGUGGACAGUUUGCCAGCGAUGUCCAGUUUGUCCUGAGGCGGACAGGACCCAGCCUCGCUGGGAGGCCCUCCUCGGACAGCUGCCCUCCCCCUGAGCGCUGCCCAAUCCGAGCUAGCCUUCCCCCAAAGCCUCGACCAGCACUGGACCGUGAGCCCUGCAGAGCACUGACCUUCAGCCUGGGCUUCCCUGGGCUGGCCCCCGGCCCUGUGCCACCCGAGCCCAUGGGUCCCGCAGCACCAAUACCGGGCUGCUGCGCCGACCUGCAGGGCUUGGAGCAAAGGGUGCGCAGGAACGCAGCGGAGCUGGGCCAGGAGGCCUUCUGGGAGCAGGAGCUGCGGCGGGAGCGGGCCCGGGAGCGCGAGGGGCAGGCCCGCCUGCAGGCGCUGAGCGCGGCCACGGCCGAGCAUGCCGCUCGGCUGCAGGCCCUGGACGCCCAGACCCGCGCCCUGGAGGCCGAGUUACUUGUGGCCGCAGAGGCCCCUGGGCCCCCCUCGCCCACAGCGUCUGUCGCAGAACGCCUGCGCCAGGACCUGGCCGCCCAGGAGCGGCAGAGUGUGGAGGUGCAGGGCAGCCUUGCCCUGGUGGGCAGGGCUCUGGAGGCUGCUGAGCACGCCCUGCAGGCCCAGGCCCAGGAGCUGGAGGAGCUGAACCGCGAGCUGCGUCAGUGUAACCUGCAGCAGUUCAUCCAGCAGACGGGGGCUGCGCUGUCCCCACCCCCACGGCCGGACGGGGCCCCCCCUGGCACGCAGGAUCUUCUGCCUCCGUCCAGAGAAGAGCCCCUCCCGGGAGCCCCCCAGAGUCCAGCCCUAGUGUCCUGCCUGAGCCCAGAGAUCACCCCCAUGACGCAGAACUCCUGGAGGUAGCGGCUCUCGCCCCAGAGUGGACGUCCAGUGCCAGCCCAGCCCUGGGCUCUGAUGACACGAGCAAGGGCAGCCAAGGCCAGCCCAGCCUGGAUGACAGAAGGCGAGCUCGGGGUCACAGAGGACUCCUUCCACCAUGCAGUGGGAAGCCCUGGUACCCUGGGUCUGAGAUGGGACUCCUUGGAGCCCUGGGUUUCUGCUGCAGGGGGCAGGGGAAGGCUGAGGACUCUCGCCCUAGUCCUUGUCAAAUCUGCCCAGACCCCUGGAGAAGCAUGGGGCGUGGCCAGCCCAGAAACCACUAGGCCCCAAAGGCCACAGCUCCUUGCUGGGGAAGGGAGGUGCACAGACCACCCUGUGUUCAGCCUGUAGGUAUGUGCUUGCGUGCGGGAGGUAUCCUCCCCCACGUCCAUGUGUGUGCAGGUGCGCGCGCGCGCACGCACGCGUGUGUGCUGCCUUCCUACCCCGACACUAAAACCUCA